CUAUGACCGAGCUUGGCAUCUAUAGGCUUCUGUGAAGUGUUCAAAAAACUUCCAGAUAGUUAAGCUACAAAUAAAGGCGUGUUAUUGAAUAUUUUGAAGAUACAAUUAUUAAAAUUUACUUCUUAUGUAUAUUUGAUCAUUGUCAAAGCACAUAGAAGACAAAUAAUUAAAUUAAUGGAAAAUAUGACUAGUGACACAGAAACAAAUCACAGUCAGUAUCCUUGCAAUUUUAAAUUCCAUAAAUUCGUGGAUGAAGAGGUUAGAAUUAGUUGUCACAUUAUAAGAAUGGAAGACAGCUUAUAUUUAUGGGUUGGAGAUGCUAAACAUUCUGUCAUGAAUAAUCUUGCUUUUGCACUUAGAUCAAAUUAUGAAUCAGUACCGAUUGCUACAAAGAUAAUGGGUGCAGUGGCAGAUGAAACUUCCACUAACAUAGCUAAACGUUUAACAAAAAAAUUGGGAAAACCUGUAUAUGUUAGUUUUAAUUUACAGGCUGAUAGAAUAUUAUUGCCUCAGAUCGAGCAGAGAAUACAUCAAGAAUUUAAAACAAAUGAAGAACUAACAAUAUUUUGAUAAAUUUUUAUAUUUCAUCCCAGAUAUCUUGUAACUUUUCAAUAAUACGACUGUGUAAUAUAAAAUUUAUGUAUAUUGUAUGGCUAUAUGUACGAAAUUUAAUUUUAUAAUAAAUUAAAUGGAUCAUGUUAAUACAAUACAUUAAGUAAUAUUUGUUUUAUAUGUAUUGGUACUAUAAAUAUAUUCUUGCAUUCUUUUAUUUUUA